UUGCUAUUGUAGGAAACCAUCGCAGAAGAAUAUGAACUUGAAAUCGACAAUAUUCUCCUUAGUUUUAAUGGUGUACCAUUGGGAGAUGAUCAAAAUCUAUCAAGUUUUGGAAUUACACCAGGCGCUACAAUUGAUGCCAGUGUCAAACUUUUUGGAGGAAAAGUACACGGUUCGUUAGCUCGAGCUGGUAAAGUUAAAGGUCAAACACCUAAAGUUGCUCCAAUAGAAAAACACAAGAAAAAGACUGGUCGUGCUAAAAGACGAAUGCAAUAUAAACAACGUUUUGUUAAUAAAGUAUCGGCAUUCGGUCGUCGACGUGGUCCAAACUCAAAUCAAGCUUAA